AUGUCAAAUGAUUAUGCAUUAUUCAUUAUACUUCUACCAAAUGAUUUCGAGAAAGAAACUUCUAUUAAUUCAACAAUAUUGAAUACAGUUAAGCUGACUGCUGCAGUACCAUCAAUUGAUAAGCAACGUACAUCAGUAACUUCAGAUUCUAUUCGUUGUCUUGCAUGUACUGAUAGUCAUUCAAAAAGUGAAAAUGACAACGAAUAUUCACAAGAAACAUGGAAAAAAUCGUUGUGUUUUACCUUGAAAAAUUAUUUUGCUGGAAAAAGUAAUAUCGAAGCAAUAUGGAUUCUAUCUGAGGAUAAAAAAACUUAUCAAAUUACAUUUUAUGUGGAAUUUGGUAUUGCUAGUGAUCAUAUAUUACAAGACUUAGUUAAAUUUGGCAUUGGUACAAGUAAUCAUACAAAAGUAUUUGUUUUACCAGCAACCUUUAUUCUUGGAGGACAACUCAAUAUUAAAAAUGAAUCUAUAUCCACAUUAGCUUUAACAGAAAAUAUUAAUACCAGUGAACUAUUAACAAAUACUGUUAAUAAUAAAAUAAAUGAUAGAACAUCGAGUGAUUUAACUUUAUCGGGGAAAAUUCGUAAACGUAUUAAUGAGUCCAACUUUAAAAAAAGUGUUCGCGCUCGACUGAUGGUUCAUCAAGUCGUUGCUAGUAUUCGAGCAUCAACAGAACUUUCGUUUGACUUUGUUCUUUUAAUAUGUCUUGCUUCAAUGUUAGCUGCAUUUGGUCUUCUGGAAAAUUCCACUGUUAUAAUCGUUGCCAGUAUGCUUGUUAGUCCAUUAAUGAAUCCAAUAUUAGGUUUUGCAUUUGGUCUUUCUGUACGUGAACAUUCAUUAUGGAGGCGAGGUUUACGAAAUGAAUUAAUUGGCUUGAUUAUUUGUAUUACUUGUGGAUUUAUACUUGGAUUGUUGACAACAUUUGCAGAAACAAAAUGGGGUAGUUCAACAAGUUUUCCCACACCGGAAAUGAAGUCACGUGGCGAUAUCAAACGGUUAUGGGUAGGUGUUCUCAUUGCUUUACCUAGUGGAGCUGGCGUCGCACUUUCAGUACUGGGUGGAAAUACGGGUUCACUGGUUGGUGUUGCUAUUUCAGCUUCGCUUCUUCCACCAGCUGUCAAUUGUGGACUUCUUUUUGCUUAUGCAUUACUUGGGGUUUCAUUUUCCAAUGUUGCUGCUGUUCAAUCUUCUUCAUCAAACAAUACUAGAAACGAAUAUCAAUCAAAUGUUGACUGCAAAAACUAUAUCAAUAAUGAUUAUCAACCACUUUACACAUGUAAUCUAACAUUAGAAGCUGCAAGUCUUGCAGGUUGCAGUUUAUUAUUAACAAUAGUUAAUAUAAUUUGUAUAAUAAUAAUGGCAUUAUUUAUAUUACGCAUAAAAGAAGUUGUUCCAUUACAUCAACCAAAUAAAGAUAUAUCAAAUUUUUUUCAUCAUGAUGUUAGAGUUGCACGUGAUUAUAAUAAAACCAUUCAUGAAGGUAAUUUAGAAACAAGCAAUUUAGCAACAUUAACAAUUCAACAACGUCAAAUAGCACAAUCAAUGGUACAUCGUUGGAAAGCAUUUAAAUCGAAGAGUUCCUAUGAUAAUCAACACCAUCAAACAAAUCAACAAUUAUCAUCAAUAGAUAACGAUCUAGAAUUAGCUGAUACUAGGAAUAAUAGUAACAAUAAUAAUAUAGUGAAUAUGGAUGUGGAAUUGCAACGAAAAUUAUUUCGAUUAAAAACUUUUGCCAAAGAAUACGAUCUUGAUAUAUUUGAUAAAAAUGAUUAUGAAUUACUAAGUGGUGAUAGCCGAGAAAAAGUACGUUUACUUGUCAACGAUAUUAUUGAUAUAUAUCAAGAUAUUCCAACGGUUUUUGUUGAUCUAUUUCGUUUACAACCUUGUAACAUACAAACAUCAAGUGAUAGAGAACAUCUGCUAUUUUAUGAAGAAAUCAUCGAACUAUUGCCACCGAAAUGGUAUCAACUAUUUGUUCAUGAACAAGAACAACGACAAAUUGUAUCGUGGAAAUCAUCAUCGAAUAGACCAUAUUCAUUAGGCGUACCACAAAUGAUUGCAUUAAAAAAACCUAUAUCAGAAUCGAAUGAAUCAUGCGAGAAUGACAAUCAAAAAUCGAAUGUAGAUUUUCAACGACGAAGCUCAGUACUCCAAUCAAAUUCUAGAUCAUCAGAAACCAAUCAAGAAACUGAAAUACCUGUUGAAGGUACACGUUUUCGUAUCGCAAAACCGUUUACAAUUGCUUAA